GAUUGAAUAGUCGACCUCAUGGAUAUCCAGAACAUCCUACUAGUCUUGUCAGUGAUUGGGCUGAAUCAGGCCUUCACUUUGGACUAUGACUAUGGUGGGAUUCCCCUCUGGAUCAACCGGCUGCGUGGAGAGCCCAGUGUAUUAAGUCUCCAUGGUCGCAUGGACUCCAGGUGGUUCCGGGCGGUUAACCCACAGGCCUGUCCGACUGAGUGUGACUGUCCCAUCCAGUGGCCAUCUUCUGUGUACUGUGACCAGCGUGGGUUGAGGAAUCUCCCCAUUGACAUCCCCCCCAGGACCCAGUACCUCUUCCUACAGAGGAACAACAUCUCCACACUUCCAGCAGAUGCUUUUUCAAAUGCAACCCACCUCCACUGGCUACUCUUAGACCACAAUCAGCUCAUCAGUGGCUUGGUGGCAAAAACGAUGCUUGCCAACCUCUCCUAUCUGGAGAACCUAUUCAUGAACCAUAACAACCUUACUGAGGUCCCAUCUGGGCUCCCUCAUGGACUGAGGCAGCUCCGGCUUGCCUACAACAAAAUCCAAAAGAUCUCUCCACGGGCAUUCCACAAUUUGCAGAACCUCACUUUGUUGCUCCUCCAGGGGAACCAACUCAAAACCAUUGGUGAGGAGGAUUUCACAGGCCUGCUCUCAAUCAACCUGCUGGAUCUCAGUCAGAACUAUCUGGAAGAGUUCCCCAAACACCUGCCUCCAUCUGUCCAGCAGCUCUACCUCUCAAGUAACUUUCUCAGUGGCCUAAAAGAGGAAAGCCUUCAAGGCUUUCAUAGCCUGAGAUACUUGCGGCUCAGCCACAAUCAGCUCCGUAACAUGGCUUUGGCACCCAAUGCCUUCAACCUGAGCUCCAUGGUGGAGUUGGACCUUUCCUACAACCAACUCACUUCCAUCCCCAUCAUGCCCUCUACCCUGCAAUACCUCUAUCUGGAAGUCAACCACAUCCAAGAGUUUAAUGUGUCCAGCUUCUGCAGGACAGUGGGACCAGUGGACUACUCGCAGAUCAGGAUCCUGCGCCUUGAUGGAAACAAGUUGGCCUACCACCAGCUGCCACCUGACUGGGUCAUGUGUUUGCGAGUUCUCCAUCACAUUUUCAUUUGAGCUUGCCUCACCAUUGCCUGAGCAUGGCUCCCUGUCUCUUCUCCUCACAGUCUCUGUUUUGAGCUCAGCUAGUUAGUAACUUUGUCAUGUAACCAUAGGUUUAAGAUUUGUAACAUGGCUGAUUUUGGUGCACUCUUAAGCUGAAGAGUUCUUGGAAAUACCAAUGUCCAACAUUUAUCAUCUAGUGUGGUGGAGGGUGGGUUGCCUUAGUGUAGUCUUAUAUACAGAAAUCAGUCAAUAUUUUAUGAAUAUUUAAAAUCGAAAAUGAAAGGUAUGCGUCUGUUCCACUAUGUUUUGAAUGACAAUUUUAAGACUCUUUCAGCAGCUUGCUCAACCAAGAAAAAAAUAUGAAAUACACAGCAAUAGUAACUUUUCUUCUGGGAAGUUUGUAAACAUUACAGGAGCCACAGGUAAAUGUUAGAAUGCCAGAUAAGAACAGUCUGAAUUUGAUGGCUUACUCCUAUCUGCACAAACCAUUUAGUUUCUUCAACCUUCAUUCCAGGCAUCAGUGAUCCUUUGUGGCUGUUUUAUAAAUUACUUUUUUCAGCUGUGGAUGAAAUCCUUAAUAUCAGCCCAGAAUAUGUUGUCCAAAAAGUGUCCAAAAGACCCACAGCUACUGUCUGAAUGUAAUUACAGUAGUACUGAUGAGCAGGAAAUAUCAUGUAAGCAUACACCUCCAGGACAAUAUACCUGCUUUUCAAGUACUUAAACUUUACUCUGGGGACUUUAACCAGCUCCACACUUUGAAAGAUUCUAUAGACACCUGAUGUAUCCUUUGUAACUCUCUGGAAGACAUUAAUGCAGUGACACAUGAAGAGUUUCUUGACUUCUGUUUACUUGUGUCCCAAAGUAAUACAAUGAGUAAAGGCAAAGCUUGCAAAUUAAAAUAGAAA